AUGGGGGAGGCGGAUGGCCAAUCGCAGCAUGCAGCAUGGCUGCGAUUGGUGGAGCAGGCGACGGAGGGCGGUGAGCUGGACAACGAGAAGUUCCUCGAGAAGAUGGGGCGACGACUGGACAGCGUGGGAGUGUCGUUCCCCGGAGUGGAGGUGCGCUUUGAGGGGGUGAGCGCGUGUGCCAAGGUGCAGGUGGGGGCGAGGGGCCUGCCCACGCUGCCCAACGUGCUGGCCAACCAAGCAGUGGCGGUGCUGAGGGAGCUGCGGCUACUCAAGGAUUGCCGCCGCCUCUUCUUCGCUCUUCACGGCUGCUCUGGCAUCCUCAAGCCCGGCAGGAUGACGCUGCUGCUGGGGCCGCCAGGCAGCGGCAAUUCAACGCUGCUGAGGAUCCUGGCAGGGAAGGCGGAGAGGGAGCUGGGCGUGCAGGGCGAGGUGACGUACAACGGCCGCCCGGGGAGCCACUUUGUGCUGCCGCGGUCCGUGGCGUUUGUGCCUCAGACGGACUCCCACAUGGGCGAGAUGACCGUCCGGGAGACGCUCAAGUUCUCCGCUCGCCUUCAGGGGCCCGGCCACCGGGCAGAACUAUUUCGGCAAGUGGAGGAGAAAGAGAGGGAGGCCGGCAUCAAGCCUGAUGACGUCAUGGAGGCCGUGAUGAAGUUAUCCCUUUGCCAUGAUCUCCUUUUCUUCCUGCGUUUCUUUACUCAUUUUUCCUUUGCGAACCUCAUCCCACCUCCCUCCCCCCUCAUUCCCCACCUCACUCCCCAUCAUGUCCCCCUUAUUCCCCGCUCGCUCCUUCCUCACUCCCUCCCUCACCGCACGGCCCACUCAAUUGUAGUGAUGCUCGACACUAUCAAUUGCCCCUCUACUCCCCUAUCCCCACCCUUUAUUGCUCCCUAUCCUCACCCCUCCACGCAGAUGCUCGGCCUGGACGUGUGUGCUGAUACCAUGGUUGGGGACAGCAUGAGGAGGGGAGUAUCAGGAGGGCAGACGAAGGAGGAGGUGUUGGGAUUCUUUCAGGAAAUGGGGUUUGCCCCGCCUGCCCGCAAGGGAGUGGCUGACUUCCUGCAAGAGGUCACCUCACUAAAAGAUCAGGAGCAGUACUGGAAACCCAAUCAACUCCACCCAUAUCACUACGUAUCCGUCCGAGCCUUUGAGGAGGCCUUCCAAGCCUCUAGGUUCGGCAAGCAGAUGGAAGCAGAGCUCUCCAUGCCAUUCAAAAAGGAUCGGGGCGCAUUCGAGGGAGAGGGUGAGGGGAAAGACGUGGAAGAUGAGGGGGAGAAGGGGACGGGAGAGAGAGGGGAAGUGGGUGCGUCUCUUGCUCUGGCACAGAGGCGGUUUGUGCUUCAUCCGCUGGCCACGCUCACCAUCGUGGCAGGCCGCGAGUGGCUGGUGAUGAGGCGCAAUCUGUUCCUCUACAUCGUGCAGACCAUGCAGAUCCUCCCCAUCGCUAUAGUCACAAUGUCUGUCUUCUGGCGCUCCCAGUUGUCCAUCACCCUUCUGGACAGCAAUUUCUAUCUGGGAGCAAUUUUCUUCGGUAUAGUCACAAUGCUGUCAAGCAGCAUCAUCGAGCUCACGCUGCUCACGGCCCGCCUGCCCAUCUUCUUCCUCCAACGGGACAACCUGCUCUUCCCCGCCUGGGCUUGGUCUGCACCCAUGGCGCUGCUCUCUCUGCCCGUCUCCCUCUGGUCCGCCGGGCUUCAUUUCCCAGCUGCUGCUAUUCUUUGUCACGCACAUGGCCGGCUCUGCGUUCUACCAGCCGUAGCGACCGUCUUGCGCAGCACGACGCUGAUCAACACUCUUGGGAACAUCAUCAUCGUGCUGCUCUUCCUGCUCUCCGGCUUCAUCGUGUGUGCUUGUGAGGUGUGUGCUUGUGAGGUGUGUGAUUGUGAGGUGUGUGCUUGUGAGGUGUGUGAUUGUGAGGUGUGUGCUUGUGAGGUGUGUGCUUGUGAGGUGUGUGCUUGUGAGGUGUGUGCUUGUGAGGUGUGUGCUUGUGAGGUGUGUGCUUGUGAGGUGUGUGCUUGUGAGGUGUGUGCUUGUGAGGUGUGUGCUUGUGAGGUGUGUGCUUGUGAGGUGUGUGCUUGUGAGGUGUGUGCUUGUGAGGUGUGUGCUUGUGAGGUGCGUGAUUGUGAGGUGUGUGCUUGUGAGGUGUGUGCUUGUGAGGUGUGUGCUUGUGAGGUGUGUGCUUGUGAGGUGCGUGAUUGUGAGGUGUGUGCUUGUGAGGUGUGUGCUUGUGAGGUGUGUGCUUGUGAGGUGUGUGCUUGUGAGGUGCGUGAUUGUGAGGUGUGUGCUUGUGAGGUGUGUGCUUGUGAGGUGUGUGCUUGUGAGGUGCGUGAUUGUGAGGUGUGUGCUUGUGAGGUGUGUGCUUGUGAGGUGUGUGCUUGUGAGGUGUGUGCUUGUGAGGUGUGUGCUUGUGAGGUGCGUGAUUGUGAGGUGUGUGCUUGUGAGGUGUGUGCUUGUGAGGUGUGUGCUUGUGAGGUGUGUGCUUGUGAGGUGCGUGAUUGUGAGGUGUGUGCUUGUGAGGUGUGUGCUUGUGAGGUGUGUGCUUGUGAGGUGUGUGCUUGUGAGGUGCGUGAUUGUGAGGUGUGUGCUUGUGAGGUGUGUGCUUGUGAGGUGUGUGCUUGUGAGGUGCGUGAUUGUGAGGUGUGUGCUUGUGAGGUGUGUGAUUGUGAGGUGUGUGCUUGUGAGGUGUGUGCUUGUGAGGUGUGUGCUUGUGAGGUGUGUGCUUGUGAGGUGUGUGAUUGUGAGGUGUGUGCUUGUGAGGUGUGUGCUCGUGAGGUGUGUGCUUGUGAGGUGUGUGCUUGUGAGGUGUGUGCUUGUGAGGUGUGUGCUUGUGAGGUGUGUGCUUGUGAGGUGUGUGCUUGUGAG